AAAGAGUUUAUUCAUUGUUUGGGUUCGGGUUUAGAACAGCGCCAUGGCUACAGCUUCUGCUUCUGCGUUUCGCUUAUCACCUUGUUCAUUAAAAUUCAGAAUCCAUAAUAAUCACCCUUCAACCCCCAAAUCAUUCAACCUCCGUUUCCAUCCCCGUCACAACAGCUUAUGCGUUUCUACUUCCGUAUCCAUAUCUAACACGGAUGUCCAAACAGCCCCUAAUGAUCUCGUAGCUUCUCUUCUUUCAAAGGUGGUGCAAACAGAUGGAGGAGUUUUACUACAAAAGGAAGAACAUAAAGAAGUGGCCGAAGUGGUUCAGGAAUUGCAGAAGUAUUGUGUGAAAGAGCCUGUGAAAUGCCCUUUAAUAUUUGGAGAGUGGGAUGUAGUGUACUGUUCGCGGCCAACAUCACCUGGAGGUGGGUAUAGGAGUGCAUUGGGCAGAGUUUUCUUCAAAACAAAGCAAAUGGUUCAGGUUGUUGAAGCUCCUGAUAUUGUGAGAAACAAAAUCGAGUUUACUGCUUUAGGCUUUUUGGAUGGAGAGGUUUCUCUAAAAGGAAAACUGAAGGCUCUGGAUACUGAAUGGAUUCAAGUUGUAUUUGAAGCACCUGAGUUGAAGUUAGGAUCAUGGAAAGCACAGUAUGGAGGUCAGAGUGAAGUUAAACUCAGAAUCACUUAUGUAGAUGAAAAAAUCAGGUUAGGAUUGGGAUCAAGAGGUUCCCUGUUUGUUUUUAAAAGAAUAUGAAAUUGAAUUCAAAUUCCCUUUAGGAAAAUUCUGGCAAGUGUGUAACUUGGCACAAGUUCAUGUAUAAUAUGAUUAUCAUGUGUAUAUUUGUUAGAACUUAGAAAAAACUUUCCAUGACUAUGGCUGCAGAGUUUGCCUCAAAAUGCACUAAGGUGGUUAAUGGAUUUUAUUUGAAGUUCA